AAACUACAUCAGUCGAGUACGAGUACGGAUAUCUAGAUGAAGUUGUUGUAGAAGGUGGAGCUCUGGACGUCACAGUCGGUUGGCGCUGGCCUCGCUUCUUGAGCCACGGUGUUUGCGCUGAGUGGCUACCCCGCGGUAACCACAGACACAGUGUGCAUGCAGAAGUUCCAAUCACUUUGGCACGAAUUCUCUUCUCCGAGAAAGUGGAUCAUCUACUACUAGUACUUGAACUGGACGUGCACCUCUGGAGUCUUCCGUUGGUUCGGACCCAGGUGGGACUCAGAAGAACCCGUAUAGUAGUGGAUCGUCCUCGGUCGUUUGCUGCCGCAUGCAAUAUGGAGAACAGUUCUGAUUGAGUUCCGAAUCAUUCUUCAAACACCAGUGUUGGCUGUGCUCUCAUCUGCCUCGCUCCCUGUCAAUUGCUCCCGCAUGUCCUGGAUCUUCCCAGGCUAGGGGCAAGCGACUAAGCGGCAGGGAUGGAGCGACCAUGCACAUGUCAAACUAGCUCGCUAGGCAGCAUGGCGUUUCGAAAAUCGGAACGCCGAGUGUGCAAGCGGUCCUCAGACUGCAGGAGAGGAGGACGAGAACGCGGUGUGUAUAGUGCGCCACGCGGUAGAUCUACAUCACUCUCAUGUAAUAGUGUGCACCUACUGCUAUUAGCGGUCAUAUCGUUGAGUUAUUUGUACAGUGGUAGAGCUGCUGCCGCCAGUUCUAGUGCUGGUGCAAAUGCAGCAGCAGCAGGCAUGGCAGAUGCUGAUGUUAUUCUAAUAGAAGUGGAUGAAUACACACAGGCGCAUGUUGAUAUCCUCGCCAAUGUGACGCACCUAUUGAGCAGGGACCGUGACAGCGCUCUGCGUGUUACACUGGGGGACGACAACAGCACCCAGUGCGGCCAUGGCAGACUGGAGGACACGGUGCGUUGGUACGGUGACCCUAGCACAGACAACGUCACCGGUAUGUUCAGCAUCAACACGGGUACCACCGGUGAUGGAGUGUUGAUCACGCUGUGCCAGGAGCAGUGGAGAAACGUCGUCAGAGUCUCGACCAAUGUCAGCGCGAUUAUUGCCGUGGAAACGUCACUGAUAGGCACAUGCCGAGUGGCUGGUGACACUAUGUGUGUGCAGACUGGGAAUAUCUCUAUCUCAUUACAGGCGUAUCUAGUGCUGCUUGUGUUCAGCGUGCCUGGCCAGGCGCCUCGCUUCACGCGUCCCCUCUACACAGGCUGGUUGGAUGACGGGCAGCCGCGCGACGCACGCGUGCAGGGACUCUACGAUUUACGGGCGCUGGACGUGGAUCCAAACUCCUUCACCAACUACACACUGGAUGGUAACGAUAGUGUGCUGUUCAAGAUCAACCGUCAACACCUGACAGCAGACUGCUACCUGCUGUACCUGACUGUAGUGCAGUCAUUAGGUGAUUCCACUCUCGGCGCAAAGUCUAUGUACUCAUUCACUAUAGUGGCACACGCUAGCAAUGAUGCCAGCAUGUCGUCCAAUGCCUCUAUCCGUAUAUCCCUAGUACAUAUAAACAACAAGGCACCGCUGUUCCGAGGCUUGCCCUACACUGCAAGUAUCCGCGAGAACAUGAGCAUUGGUGACACCGUGCUAACAGCCAAUGUGAGUGAUCCGGAUCGGGUCUACUUCUCCCUGGACCAUUCCCUGCCCGGCGCAGCUCUGCCGUUCGCCUGCCAUCCAUUCUCCGGCGCUGUGUUUGUCACGGCCGGUCUGGAUUUCGAGAGCACUCGCUUCUAUUCGUUCACGAUGUUAGCACGGGACAGGACAAUGCCGUCGCUCGUGAGUCGCGUGCCAAUCAACGUGACCGUCCUGGACGUGAACGAAUACCCGCCUAUCGUCAACAUGUCACUCCAGUACGUCAGUGUACAGGAGAACAGCCCUAAUGGGACCAUGCUGGUUACAGGGUUUGCCACCGAUAGGGAUGACGUCACCGGAGACACCAUCACAUUGUCUCUCUUACAAGCUGGCAAGAUCAGUCAAGUCGUGUAUGCUAUGAUGCUAGUACCCCAUGCAGACACUAAGCGAUCGUUCGACUUGAGGUUAAGCACCAGCCACCUGGACAGAGAGCAGUACCCGUCUGGUGGGUUUGUUGUGGAUGUGGUGGCGUACGAUGGUCAGCACCACUCUCACCUACCAGUGUAUGUGUCCGUGCUCGACGUCAACGAUGAGCCACCAGUGCUGCAGAACACAACGGUGUCCGUCAGUGAGCUGGUCUUGAACGGCACAACUCUAGCGGUGCUGCAGGCAUCCGACCCAGACUCCACCAGUGUCCAAGACCAUUCGCUGACGUUCACUGUCGUGUCCGGAAACGGUCGGCAGUGGUUGGACUUUGUGCCUCUGCAAGGUAAUCGACUUGCCGUGGUGACAGCAGACGUGCUAGACUUUGCAAACACCGACCGGCUGGUGGUGACCAUUUCUGUAAGUGAUGGCCGGCAUAGUACGCAGGCUACACUGACCGUGCACAUCCUGGAUGCUAGUAAUCAUGCUCCACAGUUUGACAUGAGUGACGCCAUGGUGACCAACAUCACGGAUGACUAUCAACCGGGUAUGCCUAUCUACCGGCUUCGUGCCACCGACGACAAGGACGCGGGGACCAACGCGCGCAUCCUGUACACGCUGGUGAGCUAUUCUGCCGACUUGUUCGCCGUGAAUCGGUUCACGGGAGAAGUCAGCGUGAGCAAGUCGCUCAACUCGUCCACUGUGCCCGGCACGGUGCGAUUACUGUUCCGUGCGGCCGACCUCGGUCGACCCAUGAGCCUCUACGCGGAUGCAUGGCUGACCGUGCACAUUGAUACUACUAUCUAUCGGCCGCCCAUUGUCCUUCCAGCUCACUACCAGUGCUACAUGGAGGAAAAUGCAAUUCUGAAGAAGGUAUGUACACGAGUGUUGGCCCGGUCAAGGAAUGCCGGUGCAAGCCUGAUAUUCCGUGUUUCAUCAAGCAACCAUCAAGUUGCAUCCAAGCAGACCUUUGCCAUCAAUUCGACCACCGGUGAGGUGUACCUUCAAUUCGUGUUGGAUCCCCGGGUACAGAGCUCGUUCAGGCUAGUCAUCGAGGUAACUGAUUCACUAUCCUCACGCGGCACCGUGGCAUUCGUCGACAUCUCUGUGAUGGGUGUUAAUAACGCCGCCCCAUCGUUCACUGGUGGUGACAGCAGUACGAUAGUGAUCUCUCGCUACACACCGGUCGGGUCUCUAGUGGGCGCUGUGACGGCUACAGACAAUGACAUUGGUUUGGAUGGUAUUGUUACAUUUGAACUGAUCUCGUCCAAUCCCAGUAAGCCUGCUAUAUCCCUAGACCCUCUCACUGGUGACAUGUAUCUUAGUGAUUCUGAUACUACUCCACUACCUGUCAUUAACAUUACUAUCACCGUACAAGCACAUGAUCAUGGCACAACAAGCAGAUCUUCAUCGCACAAGCGCACCAUACAGAUUGUGGAGUCAAACCGCCCGCCGCUCUUUAUCAACUCCAUGUAUUCCAUAUCCCUGGCCACGUCUUCCACUCCAUCUGCCCUGCUGAACCGACCCGUGCUGAGUGUAACUGCUCAUGAUCCUGACAGUGGCGGCGCAGCGGCGGCUAACCUAGUGUACAGCGUGGCGCCAAGUCAAUACUUCAACAUAUCCGCCGGUAGUGGUGAAUUGCUUGUCAGCGGCAAUCUGCCGAACACACUGCAUGUGUAUCGUCUGACUGUCUUCGCGACGGACCAGGGCAGUCCUGCGCAGCAAGCGAAUGCGACUGUCAUCAUCACCACCUACCCAAGCUCUGGACUUUCCUGCCCUGACAAAAUGAUCACUGUCAAUGAGGGGUGGAAUGUCACAGUAGAUGACCUCAGUGUGUCUGCCUCACCGCAGCAGCAGCAGCAGUACAGCCUAUCCAUAUUUGGUAACGAUGCCGCAACGCUGGACAUGUUCUUUAUCGACCCAGCCGGCCCUACGCUUGUCUUGCGACAUGCCGACACGGCAAUAGCACGAUGGCACAACGUGAUUGUCAAUGUCAGCAGUGGCCAGUCCUGGGCACUAUGCUCUACUCUUGUGCAUGUUAACGACUCGCUGAGCAGUCAAUUGCCUCACCUGGCAGUCAGUUAUACGCGCACAGUACCGGCAUAUGCUCCAUUUGGAUCGCGUGUCCUGCAACUCACUGACGACGACAACAGCGAUGACAUCAUCUACACGAUGAGUGGUGGAAAUGCUUCAACGUAUCUGCGGUUAGGCAUAUCUAGUGGCGUUGUGUCGGUUCUCUCUACACCCAUACGCUCUGUGGCGGGAGUACUGGCAAUGAACAUCACGGCACGAUCCAAGACUUACGCUAAUCACACAUCUCACACUCAGCUGUUUGCUCGCAUUCAACAUUAUGACGUUGCCGGAUUUCGGAUUACAUCACCGGUUGACGUUCGAAUCCCGUCCAAUGCAGCCGUGGGUAGUUUAGUAACACGUGUCCGAGUCACCGCUGAUCUGCCCACCGUCCUGCAGGAUGCAUCGGUAGUCUAUUCAAUUUCAUCAAAUUCCAACAGUGAAAGUCUGUUCUCUAUAAAUGCCUCCAGUGGCGUGGUGUCUGUUGCUCAAGCGCUGCCGCAGCUGACCACCCAACCAUUGCAGCUCACCGUCCAGGCAUCCGUCAACGUCACAAACGUAGAACUCGUCAUGCAUACGUAUAAUGUGUCAGUGCAGCGCAGUAAUGUUUACGCGCCCGCGUUCUCGCUGAGCACGUACACCGUGAGUGUCGCUAGUUGGAUGGCGACUGUCGGCACGUCUGUGUAUCGGCUGAGUGCCAGCGAUGGUGACGCUGUGCUGUCACCGCUGACAUUCGGAUACAUACAGUACAAGCUGUAUACACCUGCUGCUGCUGCUGCUGCUGCUGCUAACGACACCACUAGUGCUGCAGCAACAGCCAGGCUUCCGUUCUCCGUGUCGCUGAACGGCACUGUCACGGUGACGGGGGUAUUGGACAAGCCAUCGUACGUAUUCCAAGUCAUAGCAGAGGACUCGCCGCACAACAGCAACGAACGGCGGACAUCACGGCCCGCCACUGUACAAGUCUCCGUGGAGCUGCCCAACAGUAACACGCCGGUACUGUCUGCGUCUGCGCGUAUAACUCUGGCCGAGGAUACGCCAGUGGGGACUAUGCUAUCUCCGCUGAGUGCGUUUGAUGCCGACACGGGCACCAACGGUCAACUUGUGUACGGACUUGAAGGCACGUAUCUCUUCACAAUCUCCCCACUGACCGGCGUUCUAUCCCUAGCUGCAUCACUAGAUGUUGACGAUGACCCUGCCGAGGCUAACAUGCUACUCACUGUGACGGUCACCGAUCAGGGGAAUCCCCCUCGCUCCGACAUGGCACUGGUGCAAGUCAUCGUGGAGGACAGCAACGACGAACGACCAGUGUUCCCGCAGCCGCUGGUAUUCCUGUACGCAAAGAGUGCUACGGACAUAGGAACAGCUCUUCUUCAGCUGUCCACCACUGAUGCUGACUUGACGCCUAUCAAUCGUGAAGUGGUCUACGAUGUGCAAUCUGCCAGCUCCAGAUUACUGACGAUAAACUACUUCACUGGUCAAUUGUAUGCUGGUGUGGACUUCUCAAAGUUUGCAUUCAGUCAGAACCUAGCCCAAGUUGAUGCCCGCAAUGGUCCGUUCCUUUCAUCAACCUUUCUCAGCAUUCGAGUAGGGCCCCCUCGGCCGCGGAACACGGCUUGCAACCCGCCGAUGAGUCAGGUGACGAUAUUCAGUGAUUAUCAAGCUGGCAUGCUGGUUGCAUCUCUGACGUGCACCGGUACUGCGCUGGUGGAUAGCUAUGCUGUGAGAACAGACGACACUGUCCCAGACCGGCUGUUCCAGUGGAGACCCGGUAGUGCAUCACUGUACCUAAAUGGCAGUAUCCCACGCCUGGACACAGCACGCCUGCUUAACAUCUCUGUUGUACUCAAUGACUCGGAAAGUGGCUUUCAAACCAUGGCCGAGAUCUCCGUCCGCAUUUGGCCAGUCAGCCAGAAUUUCCAUCGUCCCCGAUUUCAACCUAAUGAUUUCUACGCUUGGUCCAUACCCGCAUCAGUACAAUCUGGGACUAUAAUUGGCUACGUCAACGCUACCGACCAGGAUACGGUGUAUAAUACAGUCAGGUACUCGGUGACCGGAGGCAGUGCACUAGGCUUGUUGGAUGUGGAUAGUCUAAGCGGUGCGGUGCUAGCUCGGACUACUCUCGACCACCUACCGUCCGGCACAGAGCUCAACAUUAGCAUCUUGGCAGUGGACUCUGCACCGGAGCCAUUGUCGUCGUCGUGCCUAGUGCUGGCCGUAGUCAGUAAUGGCAGUGUGCCUAGCCGCCAGUUUAGCAUGGCCGUGUUUGAAUCUAGCACCGUGGAGUAUAACAACACGGCUACACCUGUGGCAUGUGUCACUUCCUACGCGUCUCCACCGUUCCUAGGUGCAGUGUUUACAGUGCAACAGGGCUACUCUGCGUUACCAGCAGCAGCAGCAGUGGAGCCGUUCUCUUUCGUGGAAUUGCCUCUCGCUGGCAGCAACACAUCAUCACCUAGCAGUACCACCGCUAUGAUGGUGAAUGUUUCCCUGUCAGCCAGCUUGCAGCACACAGCCUUGUUCACAGCUCUGGGCAGUGUCGAUACAGCCGUACAGAAGCAACUGUGGAUAUCAGUGCAAACAGCAGUGGCAUCAGCCGGCGAUGGUGGUGGCAGCAAGUCCGAAGCCCUGCUGAAAGUGACAGUAGAUGAUACGCUGAACCAAUACUCACCGGAGUGUGUUCAACCGAAACCGUUCGCAGUGCUCCGUGUGCUGCAUAGCGCUCCCGUCAAUUCCUCUCUGCUUCGGGUUGUUGCACGGGACUUGGACUCUGGAUUGAAUGGACAUAUCCACUAUACCCUAGCGACUAAUAACAGUGCUAACCAGUUUUCCAUCAACACUGACACAGGUGUGAUCAUCUCCAGCAAGCCACUCAUAGCGCAACACACGUACAACUUGAGUGUGGAGGUCGCAGACGCUGGCACUCCCGUGCGCACUACAUCUUGCCCUGUGCAACUGUACGUGGAACCCCCCAAACUGGCGUGUCGAAUCGGCUUUGGACCACUAUUUCAGUACGUCACCACCAGCUUCACCGUCGACGAGGAUUCCGACGUGGGAACAGUUGUCGGCAAUAUGUCAGUAAUGCCAAGAGAUACGGUCAUUGCCAUUUGUGCUAUUGAUGCAGUGAGCCAGCCACCACCGUUUGCAUUCAUCAACCAGCAGCCAACGAUCCUCCUUACCAAUACGCUGGACUUUGAGGCGGUCAACAACUAUAGUUUCACCGUGCUCUGCUCCAAUCGAUGCGGUUCAAACCGGGCCGAGGUGGUGGUCUAUGUGCGCGAUGCCAAUGAUAAUCCUCCCGUCAUGCUAUUAAAGCAUUACAUGUUCUCGGCUCAGAGUAACGGUACCGACAAUGCAACCAUGCUGGGAAGGGUGGUGGCACGUGACCGUGAUACGCACGACAGCAUCCACUAUUAUCUGAACAGCACGUUGGAUUCGUUCGUCUCAUUCGAUUUGGACAGUGUGAGCGGUGAGCUAAGCCUCAGCGGACCUGUUCCCUGGUCGCUGCAGUACACGUUGACAGUGUGUGCGUGUGACAUGGCUGGCUGUGUGACUGGACACAUGGACUGUAGCCUGGCAACGGUCAACGUUCAGCUAGUGGACGCCUACACGCCCGAGUUCACCGAGGACACCUACCGAGCCGUGGUACCGGAGAACGCCUUGUCAGGAACAUCUGUCGUGCAGUUACGCGCGUUUGACCAGGACGUGGGCAUUGGCGGCACAGUCAGGUAUCGCAUUGCAAAGCUGUGCAAUGCCUCUGCAAAUGACUCCAUUCCGAUGCUUCCAUUUCAAAUUGAUGCUGUUUCUGGUGUGCUAAGAGUUUCGGGUCCACUAGAUGUUGACGUGGAGAGUAAGUACAAUGUGACAGUGGUUGCUGCAGAUGACGGUUCACCUGUGAGAAGUACCUGUGCCGCGGUGAGCAUAUCCGUCAGCGACAGACCAGACACACCGCCGGCGUUCACGCAGCCACGGUACACGUUUCACGCCAGCGAGGAUGCCGCCGCCGCUCAGCCAGCGUUUGUAGGCUCUGUCGUUAGCGUGUCUGAGAGCACGGUGAUGUAUAGCCUGGCUGGCCAUGACCCGUCGUCCAGCCCGUCCAGCCCGUCCAGCCCGUUCACUAUCCAGCCGUACAACGGCGCUAUUUACAGUACGAGUGGUUUAGACCGGGAACACGCCAGCCUCUACACUCUCAGUGUACUUGCCACCGACCAGUUUGGUCUCAGCAGCCGUGCCAAUGUUACCAUCAACAUCAGUGAUGUGAAUGACGUCACACCGGCGUUUAGCUCUCCCACUCUGUCUGCUGUCAUUUCAGAGAAUGCCACUGUUGGUAGUCUAGUGCUGGCGGCCACGGCUACAGACUUGGAUCUUGGUGCAAAUUCUCUGCUGACGUAUUCCCUGCUGAACUCCAGUUCUGGCUAUGAAUUCUUGUCUAUUAGCUCCAGCACCGGCUAUAUCUACCUGCGCCGCUCUCUGCUGCCAUUGGAGCUAUCCACUCUGCAAGUGGUUGUCAUGGUGGCUGACAGCGGUGCACCGUCCCUUUCCAGCACGGCGCUGCUCAAUGUCACCAUAUUGGACAGCAAUGAGCAUGCUCCAGUGUUUGUUCCCGCUGCAGCACGGUACAGUGUGGUGUCUAGCCUACCCGUGGUCGCUGGCACGGUGUUGGUAACGUUGACAGUACAGGAUAGUGAUGCUACGGUGGAUGAUAACCUGCACUUCUCAAUCACGGCCGGGGACGCAGCACACAGGUUUGCCAUCUCCUCGAAUGGUCAGUUGAGCGUGCUGCAUAGCUACGACCUGUCCGCAAUGUAUGAACUACGCGUUGAGGUUAGCGAUGGCCGGUUCGUGAGCAGUGCAAAUGUUUCCAUCGAGUUUCACAACGAUACAGUGGCUGGUCUGACGUUCAAUGAGACAUCGCCGUACGUGGUGUCAUUGCCAGAGUCGGCUGCAGUGAACAGUAGUGUGUUCCGUGUUACCGCUGUGGAUCACAUUGCAAGCAGUGAUGACAUGUCAGCAUCACCACCGCUACACUACACACUGCUUACCAACACUCACGUGUUCUCAAUCAACUCGCUGACCGGGCAGAUUGUGACGUCGGCACCACUGGACCGCGAGAAUCAGACACGCUACACGCUGCACGUGCAGGUGUGGGACAGGACGGAGGUCACGCGCAUCGCUCAGACUGUCCUGCUUGUUACCAUACUGGAUAUCAACGACAAUGCACCGGUGUUUGCACCCGGCACAUACACCACCACUCUGCUGAGCAAUACCACCAUCUCCAGUUUGGUCUACACGCUGGUGGCAAUGGACGCUGAUGACGGAAGCAAUGCUCUUGUUACGUAUACCAUUGUGUCCGGCAACAUCGGCAGAGUGUUCAGCCUGGCACCGGCUACCGGCCAACUCACCGUUGCCAAGAGUCUGCGUAACCUAGUGUCCGAUCGGUACUCGCUGACAGUGCAAGCGGAGGACAGCGGUACACCGAUGCGGCACAACACCACACACACGCUCAACAUCACCAUCGAGCACGUUGGCCGCCCGGUGUUCGUCUCCGCCCCGUACCGCGUCAACGUACUGGAGAACAUUACUGUGGGCAGCAGUGUUGUCAUGGUGAUGGCCCAAAGCCCGUUCGGUGAUGGCCGAGCGCUGCGUUACAGCUUGGAACGGGGCAACUUUGGUGUGUUCUUCAUUGAGCCAACGCUCGGUACCAUACUGCUUAGCUCCAAAUUGGACCAUUCACAGCAGCAGCAUUACCGACUCAGCGUCAGGGCUACGGAUCCUCUUGAAGGACUGUUCACCGAGACCAGCGUAGACAUUGGUGUUAUCGACGUCAACGACAAGGCACCGGUGUUUAGGCAAACAUUGCACUCUGUAAUAGUGAAUGAGGACAUAGCCGUGGGCUCAGCUGUGUUACACGUCACUGCUACCGAUGACGAUGCAGGUAGCUAUGGCGAUGUAACGUAUUCCUUUGACUCAGCCACUUCACAGGACCUUCCAUUCAGCAUCAACGCACAGAACGGCACCAUCUUUACGACGCAGACACUAGAUUUUGACAACACUAGUCGCUAUGAAUGGGUAAUAUUGGCUAGCGAUGGUGGUAGCCCGUCACUCACCAGUGCCUCGGCGGCUAUAGUCAACGUGCGCAAUGUCAAUAACCACCCUCCAAUCUUCACUUCACCUAGUUUCAAUGCCACCGUCGACGAGGACGCACUCAUCGGCUUUGUGCUAGUGGCCGCCGUAGCAACGGAUGCGGACGGCACUCUAAACCCACUAAAGUAUGCCAUAGUCAACGGUAGCUAUGGUUACUUUCGAAUCCAGGAGAAUACGGGUACACUAUCUGUAGCUGCACCCCUCUCAACUGCCGGUCUCGCUCACCAGCUGCUGAUCAAUGUGUCUGAUGGGACGUUCAGCAGUACGGCAUUGGUUAACAUUCGUAUCCGCGAGGUCAACGACUACACGCCUGUAUUCAACGACUCCCUGUACGUGUUCAGUGUCAAUGAGACGUAUUCGGGAGUGCUCGGGUCUGUUGCGGCGUAUGAUCUUGAUGUCGGCUAUUAUGGAACACUUCAGUUCAGUCUGGGCCCGUCCCUGUUUAGAAAUCUCUUCAGUAUUGACAGCGUGUCCGGCGUGUUGAGUCUUAGUAGCAGUAUUGACUUCUCCAACUCUGCCGGAAACACGUACGAAGUCGAUGUAGUCGUCCAGGAUCCGGGUGGUCGGCGUGACCAGGCCAAAGUUGUUCUGACGAUUCUGGAUGUGAACAAUUGCAAUCCCGUCUUCAGCGAGGCCCCUGUCGCGGAGUAUACCAUUCUGACAUCAUCGGCACCAAACAUAGUCAUCGCCACGCUUGCGGUGAGCGAUUGCGAUGCAGGUACGAACGCACAAGUGUCCUUCUCCAUUGUGAACUCAUCUCACAUAGCACCGCCGUUUGUCGUGGACAGCGUAACCGGUACACUGCGUGUUGCCACUGCACUCACGAGCAGUGACACCUACACACUGGGUGUGAGGGCACGGGAUCACGGCCAGCCGGCACUGCUUGGCUUUCUGACCGUGCGCAUAACAACCACGGCGUCUCCGGCAACGGUUGCACCCAUCUUCAACCAGACGCGCUACGCAGCAAACCUGGCCUCGGACAUACCGAUUUCAAGCCGAGUUGCACAUGUUCAGGCUAAUGCUCUGGAUUCCGCUAAUCUGCCUAUUACUUAUACCUGGCACAGAGACUCGCUGCCCCUUGCCCAGUCUAGCGGGUUCUCUCUGAACCGCAGCAGUGGCGUCAUCAUCACCAUUAGACCUAUACCAUCAUACCCAUCACUAGCUAGGGUUCUCAGAGUGAUAGCGCAAGACAGCAGGGCGCAGACAUCCGAAGCACAGCUGACAGUCACCAUUCUACCACCGCUGGUUGGCUCCUGCCCGACUUACACGGGAAUCACCCUGCAAGGAAGCAUCGCGGAGAAUGAACAUGUAGAUAGUCUAGUUAGCGUGUCUGACACCAUUGCACCCAUUGGCCGUACUGACUACGUGCAGUCGCUUGACUACGUACUAGCCAAUGCCUCUGUGCCGUUCUUCAUCAACGGCACUCGCCUGUUGACAGCACGCAUGUUUGAUUAUGAAGUUGAGAGGCGAUUUGAGGUCGUCAUCCUGGCCGUGCUGCCUGAUGGCACGGAGUGUAAGAAUUCUUCUUCCCAGCUGAUGUCAGUUACGGUCAUCAUCUCGAUAUUGGACACGAAUGACUCGCCACCCAAGUUCACUGAGCCAGUGUAUCACGCCAGUAUUACGGAGAACAGUGCACUCUCUGUGCCGCUCAAUGUGACCAAUGGACCGAUACUUGCCAAGGAUGUGGAUAGCGGCAGUCCAGCUCCUCGAUACAUCAUAGUCAGUGGCAGUGUGGACGAUAGCAGUGCCCAGCUGCCGGCGUUCAGCAUCGAUCAGCAUUCCGGCGUGCUCUACGCGGCAGCUCGGCUGGAUUUCGAGCAGAGGACACAGUAUGUGCUCAACAUAUCUGCCGACGACGGACGUUUCAGUGGCUUUGCUAGCGUACACAUUACCAUACUGGAUACGAAUGACAAUGGACCUCGUUUCACGGCCACUGACAACACGGCUACAGUGGUGGAGAAUGCACCGGCCAACACACCACUGCUGAUGCUCAACGCCAGCGAUGCUGACUCGGCAUUGUUUGGCCCUCUGCAAUACUCCAUCCUGCAGGUGCGUGGUACGGCGCACGUGUCCGAUGUGCAGGUUGAUAAACACACGGGCCUGCUCUCCACUGCUGUGCCGCUAGAUCAUGAACUAGCAUCUGUGAUCUUUAUGACGGUUCAGGUUGAAGACGGCGGAGGCCGUAAGAGUCUGGCGUUCGUCACAAUCACAGUGCUCGAUGUGAACGAUAAUCCGCCAGUCUUCACACAGAACAUGUAUGAUGUGAGCUUCACGGAGCACUCACCCGUGCCGUUCGUUCUGAUUGACACCAUGGCCAAUGACCGGGACACCGGUAACAACUCUGUCCUGGUGUUCAACUUGCUGACGCCGUUCAAUGGAACGUUCGCGCUGGCACGGCCAAGUCUCGGUCUUGUAGAAGUGUUGAAAGACGUUGAUCGUGAAAUCCAAGACCAGUACACACUGGUGGUGGAGGUGCAUGAUCAAGGUCACCCACAGCUUGCCUCUAACACAUCGGUCAACGUCACGGUUCUCGAUAUCAAUGACGUCACACCAGAGUUCCUGGCAUUGCCGUACGAGUUGUCCGUGUUUGAGAACGUCACCAUGGGAACAUCGCUGUUCCAAGUCAGCGCCAUUGAUCAUGACUUGCCGCACAAUGCACGACUGCGCUAUCUCAUUGUCACCGGAUCAGACGGAGCUUUUCAACUGCAUCCAACCACUGGAGUAUUGUCCGUGUUUGAUGCAACGAAGGUUGAUUAUGAAAGCCGAGUGAUAUUCAACAUCAGCAUUAAGGUAGAGGAUGAAGGGCGGCCGGAGCUGGCUAGCAGGGCGUUCAUUAUUGUCAACAUUCUGCCGCUGAAUGAGUUUGCGCCGACGUUCCAGCCUGAAAACUACCAGGUGCGCAUCUUUGAGAACCGUCCCGCGGGAACGUACGUCACCAUGGUAACAGCAGUGGAUAGAGACGUUGGUCUGGGAAGUAGCUUGCUGUAUGGUAUUGCCGCUGACACUGAUCCAUCUGGCCAAGGUUUGCCAUUUCAAAUUGACAACACCACUGGUGUUAUAACCACCACUGCUCCCCUGGACCGUGAAGCGCAGUCAGUGUACGUGUUCAAUGUCACUGUUACCGACGACUACGAGCCGGUGAAGGGCGACACGGCCGUUGUCAUAGUGAUGGUGAGAGACGUCAACGACAACGCUCCUGUGUUCUAUCGGCCGGUGGCGUCGAGUGUGUUUAAAGUACCGGAGAACCUGGUCGGCAUCAAAGUGAUUACACAGCUGUUUGCUAACGACACCGAUGACGAUAGGAAUCAAGAUGUGAAGUACUCUGUGUCCUCGCCCAAGUCUGGUUUUGCCAUUGUCAAUGAGUCACUCGUGGCGACGGCUGUGUUUGAUUAUGAACGACAGCCGGUUUACUCAGUGACUAUAGUGGCUAACGACACGGCCGAUCCACCGCUCAGCAGCAGCGUUACCGUCACCAUAGUGAUUGAAGACCUGAACGACAACGCACCGGUUGGGCAGAAUCAGCGGUUCAUCUUCAACCAGCACUCUCUAAUUGGUGCUACGGUCAUUGUUGGCUGUGUUAGUGUAGUGGACGUAGACACCAACAAGUCGGCGCUCGGCUACCGCAUUGUACACCAGCAACCUGGCAGCUAUUUCUCCGUGUCACCGUAUAGCUGUGUGUUGAGCGUGUCACAGGCAUCCACCAUACCACCGGGUGUUUAUACGGUACGUGUAGAAAUCAAUGAUGGCUUCAGCUCCACACUGACUAACAUCACUAUCCACGUUCGUAGUAUUGGAAACACGUCACUGGCCAACGCCACCGUUCUCCGCGCCACGUCGGUAACCGCACGGCAGCUGCUGAACUCGUCGUUUCCAACGACAACCUUCCCUAUGUCUGUGUUGGCGGAGGAGAUAAACCGGUUCAUACGGCAAUCAAACUGGAGCUGGUCAGUGCAGAUCGUGUCCGUUCAGCCGAUAGACAAUAGUAGUGUGUUGUUAGCACUGGGAUCUGGUGGGCAGACACGGCUGGAGCAGAGCAUGGUCAAUGAUGCAUUGUACCGUCAUCAUAUACACUUACAACAAGCCACCGGCUAUCAGCUGGAGACGGCAAGUGAAACACGUUGCUCAUCCACCACCACGUGUACAGUAUCCGGCCUGUGCUAUCAACAGCUUGCAUUCAACCACACACUCACACCACGCACGGCAGAUCUGCUGACGUUUGACUCGCUGGACUUCCGCGCGGACAGUUGGCAGUACUGCCUGCCAGUACAGCGCGUGACCAGUGGCAGCAGCAGCAGUGCCGAUGGAAUGUCUGUGUCGUGCAGCUCUGCAGUGGUCAACGCCUGUGCGUCUAACCCUUGUUUGUCUGGUGGCAUGUGUAGCAGCAGCAGCAGCAGCAGUGCUAAUGCUGCCCAGUACACGUGUGCCUGUCCCGCCGGCUUUGUGGGUACCAACUGCCAAUACUCCACUCUAGGAAGUCUAGUGCCCGAGACCAUACGCUGCGAUGGCAUAAGUUCAACAUGUGCCCAGGACAAUAGUGUACAGGUCAGCCCAGGGGGCUACCUACUGCUGGAGCAGCUGCAGAUGAAUGUCUUUGAGCUAAUUCUGCAAUUCUCUACGUCCAACCAGAAUGGAAUAAUCCUGUUUGCUAGGAAUGUCGACUUGCCAGGCUUGCUAUCAAUGCAGCACAACUGCUCCUCUCAACAAUCCAUGCCCGCCGCACAUGUUCAUAUUGGUCUGGAAGAUGGAAGAGUGGUGGUGGCCUAUCAGCUGGGAUGUAAUGGUGGCCGCUUGACACCGCAGCUACCCGUGGCCGAUGCUCAGUGGCACAGUGUGCAGGUGUCGUGGACACAGCAGAUGAUCAAGGUGCAGAUAGACUGGUGUAGAUCAAGCGUAGACACACUUACUGCAGUGCAGUGCCAGCAAUCUGACAUGUUCACCUCCAAACUCUGUUCAAUGCCGAGACUCAACUCGCCGUUGUUCGUUGGUGGUGUGGACAGUGCACAUGCUAGUUACCUGACGAACCUGACAGGACUGAGCAGCAGCCGCCGGGGGGAGAUCACACCGCAGCAGAGUAGCGAGUCGGCGGUGUGUAUACGACAGCUGCGCCUCGGCGGUCCCACGGUGGAUCCAGUCAACUUUGCCGUGGUGCCUCGCUUGGCUAACCGCUCCGUGUCUCUUGGUUGCGGCGUUCUCAGUGGACCGUGUGUUACCAUGGACUGUGGCGAAGGUUUCUGCCAGGCACAGCUUGUUCAGAGUAAACUAGCCGGCGUCUGCCAGUGCGACGUCAGCAAGCUGGCAUCCAGCAGGUGCAUGGUCGCGGCAACUAUCAACACUCUACCCGUGGCAGUCGUCCAAUACCAGUUCAUCGGAGGCAGCGGUGCAAACACACGGCGUAGGCGCCAGACCGGUGGAGAUGAGUAUGCACGCAGUAUGUCGAGCAUUGAGAUACGCUUGCGCACAUUCUCCUCAAACGGUUCUCUUAUCCGGCUGGGCAGACUGUCAGGGGACUCAUCCUACGCUAUACUACAGCUUGAAGGAGGAAAACUUCAGUACAAGUACAAGUUAGGGACAACGGGGUUGGCGGCGACAUUGACGUUUCCGGACCGUGUCGAUACUGGCCGAUGGCACACUGUAAAUGUGUUCCGUAAUGGCCGCUCUGCGUAUAUGCGUGUAGUGCGUACGGUGAACGAUACGGAGACGGCAACGACCAUCAGUACUCAGUCCAGCAGUAGCGAAGACACACUGGUCAUAUCCAACACGGACUUCUUCCUGAGUGACUCCAGCGAGGGCUUUGAAGUAUGCCUACAAGGCAGAAUCACGCUGGAUGAUCGAGAGUUGCCGCUGGCUGCACAGUCACAGUAUUUCAAAGUUGUGGAGACCGACGGUGUAAAGGUGGAGUUUCCCGAGCCUAGCUGUCCUAUCAAGCCAUGCCUGAAUGGCGGCACUAGCUUACCAGGUGGUGAGUGUCUCUGCAGGCCAGGAUUCACAGGGGGAAGAUGUGAAACGAACAUUGACGAAUGUGCUAGUAAUCCGUGUCCGGACGCAGCCACCGAGUGCCGUGAUCUGGUCAAUGCGUACAUGUGCCUCUAUCGACACAGCGCGGUGACCGACGAUCAGACACCGUCCGACAUCAUCACCAUCGUUCUCAUUGCCGCACUGGCCUUCAUCGUCCUGGUCGCCAUGCUCAUCAUGUCGCAGCGCUGGUACGUGCAGCGCAAGCUUGCAAAGUACCGCCUGAGAGCGGAGGAGAUGGCAGCGGGCGACUCGGCAGUGGUGUACGCGCGCGACACCCGGCACGACAUGGAGGGCCGGUGCAACGUGAUGGACUACCACGAUCAGGGUGGCGGAGAGACAGACCUGGACACGUUUCACAUCGAAUACAAUGAACUGGCGCGCGAGAAGAUGAGGCACGACGGCAUGGUGUUUGCUAGUGCGGACGAUGGUAUGUACAUGGGUGAUGAAGAUCACAACGCUAUACCACUUGUAGCUAUCGGUGACACUGGUCUAGACCUACACUACACCAACAGCAGUGCAGCCACCGCCACCGCUGAUGUAGACAACGAUGACAUCUUCCACGCCACCGGCGCGUAUAUCGUGGAGGAGCAGACCGAGGGUGGCGCGGAGAUGGACCUGGAUGCUGAUCUCGAUCAAACAGCCAUGUCCUUGCUGGCAGCAACACAACUAGAGGCUGAAGUAGACGACUACUUGCAAGGCCGUCUCGACGAGCUUGGCAUGGAAACUUCCGAGUUGCUGGUGCCCGAUGAAGUACAAGUGUUUGAACUGGAAGGUAGACAGAUUGAUGACGUGGACGCCGACAUUGACAUACAGCUGAUUGAACCAGUAGCACUGGUUGAAACGGCCGCCAAUGAUCGCGAGCACCUACGAAGAGCGGAGGCGCCCCAGGCAUUGUCAUCGCCACACCGACCUAGGCAGCGGCCAUUCCAGGUCAGCAUACAGAAUGACACGCACAGCAUCGUCAGCACCAGCACAAUCGUCAGCAGUGUUGCCGCAGCGCAUGCGCCCGAGCCGGGGAAAUCCCCCACGCACCCAGUGUCGUCGUCUGCGCGAACCGCUUCAAUUUCUCUUUCACCCACAUCGCCCACCUCGCCCACCUCACUGGGGUCACUCGCAUCACCUGUAUCACUGGGUGCAAGGUCAGCACAGCUGAUGGGGGAUAUGGAAGUCACGUCCAGUACGUUUACACGCAACUUAACGAAAAGCGACAGCUUUGCUGCCGAGAGUAGCAGUGCUGAUGCAGCCAUGUACUUGCAGGAGCUGGACCCAGAGCAGCAGAAGCAGCAGCAGCUGCAGCCAUUGCACCUCGGCAUCCGAUCGGCGAGCAUCAAGGAGCGACGUGUCAUCGAUGUUCAAGAGUCAGAUCUGGACGAGGACGAUUGGGCCGGCAUGCGCGUCACUUCUAGUACAUUCUCACGCAACUUACCCAAGCCACGGCAGACAACAGACAACAGACGUGAUUGGCAACAGCAGCAGCGGCAGCAGCAAGAGCGACAGCAGCAACAGCAGCAGGCAGAUGGACAGCGGCUGCAGCAGCAGCAGCAGCAGCAGCAACAUGCAACGUCAGCAGAGGGUCAGUUUGCGAUGCGGGAUGGCUACGGAAUACACUACAGCCAGGACAGCAGUGACAAUGUCUAUGUAUAGUGUACCUAUGUGUACAGUUAGCUGCUGUAAGAGUACAGUCAUGAUUGUAUACAGUUAGCAUGGACUACAUGUAAACAGCAGUCAGCUGAUCAUGAUGUAUUGAUGUAUUGAUGACACGGUGACAGGCUGUCCAUGCUCAUGCAGCCAACCAUCCCCUUGUCAUACUACAUACAGUACUAGUGCGCAGAGUACAAACAUGCACAGCUCCCAGCAUGCCUGUUGGUGACACAACGACAGGACUGGGCAAUCACUGAGCAGCCAUGGCAUUCACAUAUUGAUAUUCACCAACAUACACACACACACACAGUGCUGUACACCCAAUACAUCCAACAAAUGCAUGCAAUGUUCUUACAUGGUUGUUUGUGAAUACACAAUGCAACAAAAGCUACUGCAGUUUUAUAACUCCACUAUUUCCUUGAUGUGCAGUUGUUCAGCGUUAGUUAAUACUUGAUCAACGAAAUUCAAAUCUUCUUGAUUCCUCCUUAUAGAUCCAUGCUUACCUACAAAACCCUUCAAAAUAUUUUCAAAUUUUUAAUAUUUUUUAGGCAGGGAGUAGUAAAAUACCUACUCCCUAAUUUUAGGUGACUACUAGACUGCCUAUAUCGUA